UAAGCUUCUAAAACCCUCCUUCUCCCCUUUGGCUCUCUUUGACAGUGAGUUUCGGUGCCUGAAAAUGAGUUCGAUAGCUGUGAGGAUUGCAAAGGUUUUAAGAGUCUCUACUUCUACUAGGCCAUUCUCUGCACUAGGCUCGCAAGGGAACUCAAAACCAUGUUAUUCAACUUCGUCGAUGGAGAGUAACAAUGAUGAUGGGAAAAAUGAUGUACUGGAAGAGGAGUUGGAUGAUAUUAUUGGCGGGAAGCCAGAAUUGGAGCCUCAAAGCGUGAAUCCCAGACGUGGUUGGGGAUUUCGAGGUGUGCAUAAGGCAAUUAUUUGUGGAAAAAUUGGGCAAGCUCCUGUGCAAAAGAUCUUGAGAAAUGGCCGAACUAUAACCAUCUUUACUGUUGGUACGGGGGGAAUGUUCGACCAAAGACUUGUUGGAGCAAAAGACUUGCCAAAACCAGCACAAUGGCAUCGAAUAGCUGUCCAUGAUGAACCCCUCGGAGCUUAUGCUGUUCAGCAGCUUGCAAAAAACUCUUCAGUUUAUGUUGAGGGUGAGAUUGAAACUAGAGUUUACAAUGACAGCAUCAAUGGAGAAAUUAAAAACGUGCCAGAGAUAUGUGUUCGUCGUGACGGAAAGAUUCGUCUUAUAAAAGCUGGAGAACGUGUCAAUAGCAUAUCCUUUGAGGAUCUCCGAGAGGGACUAUUUUAGUCGUUUGUGGAUAUUUCAUUCUCCAAGAGUACAAGAGUAAGAAACUAACAUUAUUUCAGCUUGUAUGAUUGUAAUCAGACUAGAGAAAAAUUCUUGACUUGUUUUGGUUUUCGAAUUUGUACCAUUUUCUUGUUGAAUUUAUAUCUUCCUAUUAUGCCCAUCGUAAUCUCUCUCUCUCUCAAUUUGUGGAUGUUUUCACAUAGACCUACAUUUGUUAAAAUCAUAAUAGUGCUUUCCAAAACAUGAGGGAAAUAAAACGUUUAUAUUUUUCA